GAAGCAAAAUCGACAAAAGACUUGUUGGCUUACAUUGCAGAAUAGCACGCACGCACACAUUGCCCAGCCGACUCAAGCUUAGCUCGUCAUGGCAGCCCCUCCUGUUGUCAACUUUAUCACUGGCAAUGCGAAUAAGCUGCGCGAAGUCAAGGCAAUUCUCGAGCCGGCCAUAACGGUGCGAAGUCAAGCAAUAGAUCUCGAAGAAGUGCAAGGGACAGUAGAGGAAGUGACCGAAGCCAAAUGUCGCAAGGCUGCUGAAAUGGUCAACGGCCCUGUUCUUGUGGAAGAUACGUGUUUGUGCUUCAAAUCUCUCGGAGACCUGCCAGGACCCUACAUCAAGUGGUUCAUGCAGUCCAUUGGACAUCAAGGCUUGAAUAAUCUUCUCGCCGCAUACGAUGAUAAGUCGGCCGAUGCCGUGUGUACAUUUGCAUAUUCACCUGGCCCAGGCCAGAAGCCCAUCCUUUUUCAAGGCCGCACAAGAGGUACCAUUGUGCAACCUAGAGGCCCGCCAGACUUUGGUUGGGAUGCCAUUUUCGAAUAUGACGGCAAGACCUACGCAGAAAUGGACAAGGCCGCGAAGAACAAGAUUUCGCACCGAGGCCUGGCAUUGUCCAAAUUGCAGCAAUGGUUCUCUGAACAGCAAGUGGCCUAAUGACAAGGAGGAGAGCUUGGUCGUCUCUGGCCCUCGCAGGCGGUUCGCCUUACAAAGCACUUUCACUUUCUUGGGGUGAAACGAUCUGGGCUAUGGGUUUUGUCGAGCCUGGCCGUCAUUCUUAGCAACCAGCAGCCUGAAAAUUGGACCGGCUUCGGAUGUCAGCUCACCUGAGAAGUUCGUAUUCUCGAAAUCGACGGAGGUAUUUAUGCCCCCGACGAUAGGUCUCCAGAGCACUGUCAGGUGUUUUUUGUCCAAAGGUUGUUCCUAUCAAGCGACGAAUGGCUGAUGUGUCGCGAUGAGAUGGAUCAAAUACUAGAAGAUUGGCAGUUCCAUGCUUUCGCCUUUCAAAUCCAAUAAUUGUCAUCGAAUGUCCUAUGGGGCAUUCGAGUUAGACCA